CAGCAUCCCUGUCGGCGGAUUCGCCUAGGGCAGGCCCCAACCCCCCCAGAUCUGGGGGCCUGCCUACACUACUCCGUAGUCCCAUGUGCCCUGGCAGUCUUACGCCCCACCGUUGCUGGAAACCAAACACCACUCACAUUGUACCACGGAACAUACAUAGCAGCUCACGGCCGCCCCUUCCUGGCCUCACCUGCCUUCACCUGCAUUUCAGCUCACCCUCACCUCGACCCAUACGUCUCCUUCACCUCUGCAUAGUGAUACCCCCAGCCGUCUCUUUGUUUCAGGAACCAGAACAGAUAAUACAGAAUAAUCACCGGCUGGACCACCAUCGAGCUUGAUUGACCUCGGAACAAAGCACACGCGGUCUCGCGAUCUGACUGUGUGCGAUAGCCUCUUGUGUGUUUGGGGCUUACUUUGUUCGACAAGACGUCCAACGACACAAGUGGCACAGCAACGGCCAGUGCAAACGGACAGCCAACAACCAGUUUCGCCUCUGUGCCGCAGUCCCUCCGCCACGGCCCCCAGCUUUUCACGAGACCACCUGGGCAGCCGCAGCACCGACCAUUGUGCCGUGCCCAUGGGUAUCUUCUGUGGUAUAAGUCACAAUGGGCCCGAAGUUGCAGACAAGAUCCAGGCCGAGAGCCUUUACCGCCAAGUUUCUCAACCUGUGAAUCCGAUCCCUCCUCGACGACGCACUUCCCGCACCCCUGCUGACUCCCACCCAAGCAGCAAGAUGGUUAGGAAGGCCGCACACAAGCCACACCCCUUCGAGUGGGACUCCGUCUCACAUCUUGAUCAUAUCAUCGAUCACAAAUUGGACACCGCUGGUGUCCCCUCUGCGCGCCCGGAUGACGACUACCAGAAGAGGCGUGCUGAGCUCAAGACCCGAGAGGCUGCUCUUGGUUUCGAGUGGAAAUGCACCACCCGCGCAUCAGCCAAGGAGCGGCGUGUAGAUCGCAUCCUCCAGAAUCUCAAGCGCCAUGAUGAUGAGAACGUCUAUGCAAAGGAGCCGCCACGCCAAGGCAUGACCGGCCAACUACACCCUCGCGUCGCCGGUGACCAUUUCCUCUCAAAUAAGGCCCUCAUCGACAGGACAAAAGUCUUCCAGCUCGCAAAGAAGGCUCCCAAGGGCGCUCAUCUGCACAUCCACUUCAACGCGUGUCUGCAGCCCGACGUGCUGCUCAAGAUCGCCAGUGAGAUGGAGCAGAUGUACAUCACCAGUGACGUACCGCUGCACACAACAGACGUGGACCAUCCCAACAGGGUCGCACGAUCCAAGAUCCAGUUUUCAAUCAUGGACAUCACGGCCAGCAAGGGGAGCCUGUUCGACCACGACUACAAGGACCGCACGCCCAUGAAGUUCAAGGACUUUAUAAAAGAGUUUCCGCAGCAUCACCAAGGGGCGAGCGCCCUGCAGUGGCUGCAGGAGAAGCUGGUCUUCCGGGAGGAGGAGGCACACGACCUUCCGCAGACGGUCAGCGGCGCAUGGGAGGAGUUCAACGCCCGCACGCAGAUGAUGAAGGGGCUCUUCAACUACGAGAGGGCCUACCGCGAGUACACGCGCCGGUGCCUGGAGGACUUCGUCAGCGACAACAUCCAGUACGCCGAGAUACGGCCCAACUUCAUGGACACGAACCAGGUGUGGACCGACGACGGGACGAGCAAGAUCGACAACGCUGGCAUCAUGGAGAUGAUCAUCGAGGAGGUCGAGCGGUUCCAGAAGGACAAGAAGGCCGGGGACGGCGACGCGUACUUUGCGGGGCUCAAGAUCAUCUACUGCUGCCCGCGGUCCUACCCCAACGACAAGGUCGCCAACGGGCUGGCCGAGUGCCUGCGGUUCAAGCAGCGGUGGCCGCAGUGGAUAGCCGGGUUCGACCUGGUGGGCGAGGAGGGGAAAGGGAAGCCCCUCAGCGCCUUUGUCCCCGAGUUCCUGCAGUUCAAGAAGGACUGCGAGGCCGCGUCGGCCGGCGAGAUCCCCUUCCUCUUCCACUGCGGCGAGACGCUCGAGUCCGGGUCCGAGACGGACGACAACCUCCUGGACGCGCUGCUGCUGGGCUCGCGCCGCAUCGGGCACGGCUUCUCGCUCGCGCGCCACCCGUACCUCAUGGAGCGCAUGAAGGCCGCCGGCGUGUGCGUCGAGCUGUGCCCCAUCUCCAACGAGGUGCUGGGCCUGACGCCCCGCGUGGGCGGGCACGCCAUGUACGGCAUGCUGGCCAAUAAUGUGCACUGUACUGUGAGCAGUGACAACGGGACCUUAUUCAACUCAACCCUUUCACACGACUUCUACCAGGCCAUGGUCGGCAAGCCGGACAUGACCCUCUUCGGGUGGAAGCAGCUCAUCGAGUGGAGCCUCGACCACGCCUGCAUGUCGCCCGACGAGCUCCGGGACGUGCGGCGGGCGUGGGAGGCGCGGUGGGACAGGUUCCUGGACGAGGCGAUCGAGGAGUUUGGCGGGGAGUUUGAUAAGGGGGGUGAUGGUGCCGGUGGGGAGAAGUAGUAAGGCGGCACGGCAGAUAACAUUUAAUUUGUAGUUUACUGGGGUAUGUAUGUAGUUAGAUCGGGGGAACGGGAUCGGUGUUGACAUUUGGAAAGGGCUUACUUAUACCAGCUGCACCCUGAGGGGCGAAUACAUAUUCAUAUAUACAUGUUUUGACAU